AAACAGUGAGAGAAGUUGAAGGAUUUGGCUAUGAGAUGCAAACAAUGUAAAACAGGUCUCUGGAAAUAGCUCAGAAAAACCAAAUUUCUCCGGAAAGUCACUCAACGGAACAAGGAGAAUGAAACUAUUAUGUGGUGUGAUUUGUACUCUUUCCCAAGUUUGCUGGGCAUUGGAGGGUCCCCAAAGAGUCUCUGCACCCUACGGCAGCUCAAUAUCUCUGCAGUGUAAAUACACAAAAGAGGAUAAAGAAUUUGUAAAAUUCUGGUGCAGAGAGCAAAGUUAUCGAUUCUGUUCUCACAGCCACCUUGUCCAAACAACAGGGUCAGAGGCAGAGGUGAAGGUGAACAAGACAUCCGUAAAAGAUAACCACAUCUUUCGGGAAAUCAGUGUGACAAUAGAGAACGUCACUGAAGUAGAUGCUGGGACAUAUCUUUGUGGGGUUGAGAGGUGGAACUACGACAUCUCACACCAGGUGGAGGUUAUCAUCACUACAGUUUCUUCAUCCCUUUCAUCAGUCCUUAUUAGAAACAAAGAACAAGAAAUAAAUGACUCAAGUGGAUCUACCAUAGCUCCUGAAAGUAUCCAGUUCAGCAAUAAUGAUUUCCUGUUCACUGUCGUCUUGAAAAUUCCCAUUUGUCUGGUCAUGAUAGCUGCUGUAGUUUGGGUAAACAUAUGGUACAAUAAAGGAAGAUACCCCAGGACCAAAACACAGCAAAAUGAGAAGAACAAUUUCAAGUAGUCACAGCAAAAGGAGUGAACCAUGGCAUGAACACUACCUUCCAUUUCCAUGCAUAGAACUUGGUUAACUGCAGAUGGACAUAGCCGGACCACUCAUUGGCCACUGGAUAAAACUGAAGGCUUUCACUUGAAAUCUGAUCAGACUGAGUCCAUAUGGGACGAAAGCAAAGCUUUCAUCCAGGUUCUUGAUAAUAAACAUAAUCUACAAGCAUAGCAAGUUGACCUACUUAGGUGCAAAGGCUGCUUCUCUGUUAGGUUGCAUGGGGUUUUGUCUGGGUUGAAGUGCAGCAUGUUCUUGUGAAAAAAUUAUUUGGGAUGUAUCAAGCAAUUACUGCUGUGCAAAGGAAUGAU